GCGAGGCAAAGGUGAAUGCAAUGGGAGUCAGGGCUUGCGAGUUGUAGAAGCAGGAGGCGUGAGGGGUCCGGACAUAAAAAGUAGAACCAAGAGACAUUUUGGCUGAACUCUAUCGCGGAGGGACAAGUGAAAAAUUGAAAUCGUGUCACCGCCUGCAACAUAGGUGCUUGCGUAUUGUUAAAGCAAGCUAGCUGGCUAGCGCAGACUUGAAGUGUGCAAAACUGGGGAAACCGAAGCAGGAUGUACUAUGAAGAAAACACGAACGCACUCAGGCCACGCUAUGGAUCCAUCGUGGACGAUGAGAGGCUCUCGGCAGAGGAGAUGGACGAGCGGAGAAGGCAGAACAUCGCGUACGAGUACCUGUGUCACCUAGAGGAGGCCAAGCAGUGGAUGGAGGCCUGCCUGGAGGAGGAGCUGCCGCCCCCCACAGAGCUGGAGGAGGGCCUCCGCAACGGAGUGUACCUCGGCAAACUGGCCAAGUUCUUCGCCCCCAAGCUGGUGUCCGAAAAGAAGAUUUACGACAGGGACCAAGCGCGUUACAGGAGUACAGGACUUCACUUCCGACACACGGACAACACGGUGCAGUGGCUGAGGGCCAUGGAGUCGGUGGGACUGCCGAAGAUAUUCUACCCCGAAACAACUGAUGUCUAUGAUCGGAAGAACAUGCCCAAGGUCGUAUACUGUAUACACGCGUUAAGUUUAUACCUUUACAAACUGGGGAUAGCUCCACAAAUCCAGGACCUGCUGGGAAAGGUGGAUUUCACAGAAGAGGAAAUCAGUAACAUGAGGAAGGAGCUGGAAAAAUAUGGGAUCCAAAUGCCGGCAUUCAGUAAGAUCGGAGGCAUCCUGGCCAACGAGCUGUCUGUGGACGAGGCCGCCUUGCAUGCUGCAGUCAUCGCCAUCAACGAGGCAAUAGACAAGGGUCAGGCGGAGGCCACGAUGGCCGCUCUGAAUAACCCCAACGCCAUGCUGAGGAACACCCAAGACCCCCUCGCCCAGGAGUACCAGGACACCCUGAGCCAGGCCAAGAAAAACAAGGAGGACAGGGCGGCGGGCAGGCGCUCCUCUGUUGCGACUGAGGAAAGGGACGUGUAUGAGGAGUUACUGACACAGUCGGAGAUUCAGACCAACAUUGACCUCGUGAACACUCAGGCCGCGGUCAGGCAGGUGAACGAGGCUAUCAGCGCGCAAGACCAAGCGGCCCUGCUGGCCAGUCUGAGGCUGCCGGCGCUGGGGCUGCUGGGAGUGCUGGAGGCCAACUCUGCCUGGUACCUGGAUCACUUCACCUCCUACCGAGACCAGAACUCUAAGCACGUCGACGCUCCCGUGCAGCUGGAGAAGGAGGAGAUUCAGAGGGUGGUGAGCUCCUGCAACGACUUCGCCGAGGCAGAGAAGCGAAAGGCGGACGCCGUCGCCGCGAUCAACGCUGCGAUCCGGCGGGGCAAUGCGGACGAGACGGUGGAGGAGCUGAUGAACCCCGAGGCCCAGCUGCCCGUCGUGUACCAGACCGCCGCCAACCUGUACCAGUCCGAGCUGUUCGGGCUGCAGACGCAGAACCCGGGGGUGUACCUGAGCUACGGGGAGCUGUCGGUGGCCGUGGAGAUGCUGUCGGCGGUGGCGGUGCUGAACGAGGUCCUGGACACGAAGGACUCGCAGGGGGUGACGGAGCAGCUGAGCGACUCUCCGCUGGGCUUCAGCCACAUGGAGCAGGACAACCUGCAGCGGUACGCGGACGCGAUGAUCACCCUGAAGGCAGAAGCGGUCUCGGAGGGCCGGGAGUUCCUCACCUGGAACGACGUGCAGAAGUGCAUUGACACCGUCAACCUGCAGGUCCAGGAGGAGCAUGAGCGAAUCUUGGCCGUCAAUGAGAUCAAUGAAGCUCUCAGUGCUGGAGAUCCAGAGAAGACUCUGUCAGCAUUACUGCUACCCACAGCUAAACUACAUGGAGUCAAUCCAUCCACAGCCAAACACUAUCAUGAUGUACUGCAGAACGCCAAAGCACACAUUUGUGAGAGUUCUGGAGAUGAGUCCGCUGUGCUUUGGUGGGACCAGAUCCAGGAGGGAGUACACACCGCCAACCAGGACGAGGAGGAGGCCUUCAAACUGGCCGGCGCGGUGGCAGACAUUAACAGGGAGGUGUCAGAAGGGGAUGCUCAGAGCACCCUGCUUGCUCUGCAGUCCCCCUCCGCUGGUCUGAGAGGGGUUCUGCCCGAAUGCGCAGACACCUAUCUGUCAGAGCUGUCCCGGCAGCAGACCCUCAACACUACUGAAGGCCCCAGCAACAGUGUAUGGGUGAAACACCGGAUCAAGGACAAGUACGACUACUUCUACAACUUGGAAAGCAAGGAGGGCACAUGGGUGGAGCCUGAGGGCUUUGUGCACAACAACAGCCACCUGACCAAAGAGGAAGUCCAGAGCAUCGUGGGAUGCGUGACAGCAGAGUACAACCGGGAGCAGAUGUGGUUGGCCCAUGAGCCGCUCAUUGUGCGGCUGCAGGCUCGGGUUCGAGGCUACCUGGUGAGGCGGGCCCACGCCGAGCGCCUGGAUUACCUGCGGCAGCAGGAGCCCUCCGUUAUCAAGCUGCAGGCUUCCUGGAAAGGAUAUAAACAAAGAAAGACGUACAAGAACAGACUUAGUGUGCUACAAAAUAACGUAGCUGCUAUCGUCAAGAUACAAUCAUGGGUGAAAAUGUGGAGACUGAGGCGCAAAUAUUCAGAGAGGCUCCAGUAUUUUAAAGACCAUGAGAAGGAAAUUGUGAAGAUACAAGCCUUCCUUAAAGCCAACAAAGCAAGAGAUGACUACAGAACCCUGACCGGGGCGGAGAACCCCCCUCUGUCAGUGGUGCGUAAGUUCGUGCACCUCCUGGAGCAGAGCAGCCUGGACCUGCAGGAGGAGCUGGAGGUGACGCGGCUCCGGGAGGAGGUGGUCACCAAGAUCCGCUCCAACCAGCAGAUGGAGAAAGACCUCAACCUGAUGGACAUCAAGAUUGGCCUGCUGGUGAAGAACAGGAUCACCCUGCAGGAUGUGGUGUCUCACAGCAAGAAGCUGAAGAAUAAAAAGAGUAAAGUGAACAAGGAAGAUAUGGCCAUGGGAGACAAGCAGGGUAUCAAGGGCCUGAGCAAGGAAAAGAGGAAGAAACUGGAGGCCUAUCAGCACUUCUUCUACCUGCUCCAGACCAAUCCUUCAUACCUGGCCAAGCUGAUUUUCCAGAUGCCCCAGAACAAAUCCACAAAGUUCAUGGACACAGUGAUUUUCACCCUGUACAACUACGCCUCCAACCAGCGAGAGGAGUACCUGCUGCUGAAGCUGUUUAAGACCGCCCUGGAGGAGGAGAUUAAGUCAAAGGUGGAUCAGAUCCAGGACAUCGUGACGGGCAACCCCACGGUGAUAAAGAUGGUGGUGAGCUUUAACCGCGGGGCCCGCGGUCAGAACGCCCUGAGGCAGCUGCUGGCCCCCGUGGUGAAGGACAUCAUCGAGGACAAGAACCUGGGAAUCAACACCAACCCUGUGGACGUCUACAAGGCCUGGGUCAACCAGCUGGAAACCGCCACCGGGGAGGCCAGUAAACUUCCGUAUGAGGUCACCCCCGAGCAGGCCGUCCGACACGAGGAAGUGAGGGCCCGGCUGGAGAACUCCAAUCAGAACCUGCGUGCGGCCACUGAUAAAGUGCUGAGCUCCAUUGUGUCUUCCCUGGAUAAUAUCCCUUAUGGCAUGAGAUACAUAGCCAAAGUUCUGAAGAACUCACUGCAUGAAAAAUUCCCCGACGCCACGGAGGAUGAGCUUUUAAAGAUUGUGGGAAACCUGCUGUACUACCGUUACAUGAACCCCGCCAUUGUGGCCCCCGAUGGCUUCGACAUCAUCGACAUGACGGCCGGGGGGCAACUGCACUCGGACCAGCGCAGGAACCUGGGCUCUGUGGCCAAGGUGCUGCAGCACGCUGCCGCCAACAAGCUCUUUGAGGGCGAGAACGCCCACAUGACCUCAAUGAACAACUACAUCUCCCAGACCUACCAGAAAUUCAGAGUUUUUUUCCAGGCAGCAUGUGACGUUCCCGAGCCUGAGGAGAAGUUCAACGUAGACGAAUACUCCGACAUGGUGACACUCAGCAAGCCCAUCAUCUACAUCUCCAUAGAGGAGAUCAUCAACACUCACUCACUGGUAUUGGAACAUAAGGAUGCCGUUUCACCAGACAAAAACGACCUCCUGCACGAACUCCUGGAGGACCUUGGUGAUGUUCCUGAUGUUGAAUCUCUGCUGGGGGAAGGAGCAGUGGACCCUAAUGACCCCAACAAGGAAAGCACACUAAGUCAGCUGGCCAAAACGGAAAUCUCCCUCACCCUCACCAGCAAGUUUGAGCUGUUGGAAGGAGACGAUCAGGAUAUGAAGACUCUCAUGAUGAAGACUAAGAAGCUGAUUGUGGAUGUGGUGCGGAUUCAACCAGGAGAGACACUGACAGAGACCCUGGAGACACCAGCCACAGCACUCCAGGAGGCGGAGCAUGUGAAGAUCGUGGAGAAGCGCGCCGUCCAGGACGCCAAGACGCCGGACGGGAUGAAGAGCAGCCAGGCGCUGCUGGAGGACAGGCAGCUGCCGCUGGAGCAGAAGAAGAGGAAGAUCCUGAGGAACCUGCGCACCCUGGAGCAGGCCGGCCGGGUGUCCUCCCACAACAAGUACCAGGACGUCAUCAACGACAUCUCCAAGGACAUCCGCUACCAGAGGCGGUACAGGCAACGCAGGAAGGCCGAGUUGGUGAAACUGCAACAGACACUCAGUGCCCUGAAUUCAAAGACAACCUUCUACCAGGACCAGAUCAACUACUACGACACCUACAUCAAAACCUGCCUGGACAAUCUCAACAGGAAGAAUGCCAGGAGGUCAAUCAAGCUGGACAGCAAAGGAGAGGAGAAAGGCAGCAGGAAGUCCAAGCAGCAGUCCCUGAAAUACACCGCGGCACGGCUCCACGAGAAGGGAGUCAUUCUGGAAAUCGAGGGACUCCAGACCAAUCAGUUCAAGAAUGUCAUGUUCGACAUUGCGCCCAGUGAGGAAGUUGGAGACUUUGAGGUGAAAGCCAAGUUUAUGGGAGUGGAAAUGGAAAAGGUCCAGCUACAUUUCCAGGACCUGCUCCAGCUGCAGUAUGAAGGAGUAGCGGUCAUGAAGAUGUUCGACAAGGCCAAAGUCAACGUCAACUUGUUAAUCUUUUUGCUCAACAAAAAGUUCUAUGGGAAGUGAAGCUCCUGACCAAAGCACAGUUUAAAUUCCAGCUGAAUCUUCCCCGGUUGUUGUUGUGUACAACCCUGGCGCAUCUCGCUUUUCCGUUUCAUUGUGUAAAGUCCUGAAGUAGGGGGAAUGAAAUUGGAUUGUGCCUUCUGUUGAUUUUGCAAAAUAUGUAACUGGAUUUAUGUGUGGCAUUUAAUUAAUAACUGAAUGAUAUGUUAGUGUAGGUAAAGCCUGUGGAACUGGGAAAUAAUAUGUAUAAAAUAUAGCUUGUUUGAAAAAAAAAAAGAGAUAACAUCAGUUCAGUUUUAUUUACAAGUUCAUUCUAUGGGAAGUUGAUUAGAAUUUUUUCAGUUCAUA